CAAAAUCGCCUGAAAAGUCAUGUAAUGAAUAUUAUAGACAUCUGGGUGUUUCUGAUGAAGACGUCACGUGACAUUUGAUAAUAUUUAAGCAGAGUGUUUCACCAAAAUUAAGCAAAAGGAUCUUGCAACAGAUUACAAAGCAUUAAAGUUCAAGUAUGAGUGGAAUGCUCAGGCUAGUUUUUGCGUUGUACCUUGUUUGUUGCGUUGCGACACAGCAAAAUUUCAAUUGUUACUAUGAGGAAAAGUUUUUAGCAAAGGUAUACCGCCUGGAAUACAGAGUAGAAAUGCUGGAAGAAAAAGCCAGUAAAGAAGACAAAGAUUAUAAAGAAUGUAUGCAAUGCCCAGAUGGAUGGAUACAAUACAAAGGGUCCUGUUAUAUGAUUGUGGAAGAGAAACUAUCAUUUGAUAAAGCACGAGCCAAUUGUCAAAAGUUUAAUGCUGAUUUAGUCCAUAUAGACAACGCAGACGAGAACACGUUCAUUAGAAACCAUCUUAGAACAUUAAAAGGUAUUGACUUUUGGAUUGGACUCACAGACGCUGCCACAGAAGGUCUUUUCAAAUGGGUUGAUGAUAACUCUAGGGCAACUUUUACAGACUGGUAUCCAUCCCAACCUGAUAAUGGCGGGAAUAGAGAAGACUGUGUACACUUUAAAGCGAUUGGGAAUAUUCAGUGGAAUGACAGAGAAUGUUAUAGUACUGAGAAGUCUAUUUGUGAAAAGAAAAUCAUGUUUUAAAACUAGAUUAGACUUGAUUAACCAUUUCAAUAGAAAUUCUCUUGACAUUAUAAUAUACGGAUAUCUAUGAGCCGCGUCACGACAAAACCAACAUAAUGGGUUUGCGACCAGCAUAGAUCCAGACCAGCCUGCGCAUCCGCGCAGUCUGAUCAGGAUCCAUGCUGUUCGCUAUCAGUUUCUCUACUUGUAAUAGGGUUGGUAAGCGAACAACAUGGAUCCUGAUCAGACUGCGCGGAUGCGCAGGCUGGUCUGGAUCCAUGCUGGUCGCAAACCCAUUAUGUUGGUUUUGUCAUGACGCGGCUCAUAUUGCCUCUCUCAAUGCAACUGAAAACUGAAUAAUUAUGACCUUCUGAUUUAUAGAUAUGAGACAUCUGUUCUUGCAAUUAAAACACAUAUGAAAAUUUUUU